AUGGAUCAUUUAAAAUUAACACCGGACAAACUGUCCGUGGAUGAAAUCACAGAGCUGGUAACGGAUGACAGAUGCGGGGCAGUAUCUGUAUUUAUUGGAACCACUAGGGAUAAUUUUGAAGGGAAAAAGGUACUAAGGUUGGAGUACGAAGCGUACGAACCCAUGGCGCUGAAGGCUAUGAAGUCCAUCUGCGAUGAAGCGAGGGACAAGUGGCCUGCCAUCCAUAGCAUAGCCAUAUACCACAGACUAGGCAUGGUGCCUUGCAGAGAAGCAUCAGCAGUAAUAGCAGUGAGCAGUCCGCACCGGAGAGACUCCUUGGACGCAGUCUCUCACUGCAUCGAGACUCUGAAGGCCAGUGUACCCAUCUGGAAGAAGGAGGUCUAUGAUGGCGACGAACCAGUCUGGAAGGAGAAUGUCGAAUGCACGAUAGAUUCAACGCCGAUCCCAACGCCAGCGCCAAACCCGGCGCCACCAGUGGACAAAAGUUUAGUCCAAAUCAACGUGUCCUGCGAAGAGUUACAGCAACGUAUACAGAACUUCAUAGAAAGAAAGAGAGAACAAGUGAAUAUUAGUAACAUUCAUGAUUUUAUACCAAAUAAUGAAGCUGAUAAUGAAGAAACUGAGACCUGCGCUAGAGUGCGGACGCAGUUUGUCAGGCGAGGAGAUUCUAAGGGGCAUUUGAAAGUACACAAAGUCCACAACGAAUGGGGUCCUCAAACCGUGGCUCCCGCAGACUUCUUCCCUGAACAGCACAACCAGACCGGCCUGCCGUCAUCCAUUGCUGAGCGAGUGGUAUCCAUUGAGAACUACCUGAACAUAGGACCAGUCUCCAAAGAUAUCUACAGGCGGUUGAAGGACAUGGAAGAUAAGAUCGCUUAUUUACAGUCUGUGUCGCCGGAGUACGCUCAGUUUUGGAAGGCUGCAAGAGAUAGGGACGUGAAGCAGGAAGGCGCGAUGGACUACGCAUUCUCUGCUGACGACAUCGCCAGGAAGAUUGAACAACUCGAGAAAGGCAUGAUGUAA